UCAAAGCAUUUUCUCAGCAUCCAAACACCCAAACUAUACCAUUUUCCAGCCAAACAAAUGAAAACCACUAAGAAUUGCUUCUUUGCCCAACUGCUUCUGUUCUUUCUAUUUCCAUUUUGAACAUAUAACAAACAUAUAAUGCCUUGGAUAAUCUCUUCGCAAACCAACAUAUAACAAAAAAAAAAAAAAAAGUGGAGCUUCGAACCCAGCUUGGGUUCGAUGAUUGGGUUCGAGUGGGUUCGGUGGAACCCAGUUGCUGGGUUCCUUGAACCUAGCUCGAACCCAGUCAUCGAACCCGAGCUGGGUUCGAUGAUUGGGUUCGAGUGGGUUCGAUGGAACCCAGUUGCUGGGUUCCUUGAACCUAGCUCGAACCCAGUCAUCGAACCCGAGCUGGGUUCGAUGGAACCCAGUUGCUGGGUUCGAUGGAACCCAGUUGCUGGGUUCGAUGGAACCCAGUUGCUGGGUUCAAGGAACCUAGUUGUUGGGUUCGACGGAACCCAGCAGAUCUGGGUUCCUCGAACCCAGCAGAUCUGGGUUCGGUGGAACCCAGGCUAGGUUCCGUCGAACCCAGCAACUGGGUUCGAUGGAACCCAACAGACAUAAAGGAAGAAGAGGAAGAAAGAAAAAGAAAAAGAAAAAAGGAAGAAGAUGGAUCAGAAAAGGGAGAUGGGUAAAUUUGUAAUUUUUUUUUUAUUAAGGCAAAAUUGGUUGAUGAGUUGGUGGUGAGUUGACACUAACGUGGCUUAAAAAAAAUUUCAGAUCAAC